AUCUCUAGAUCUAGAUCUAGAUCUAAACUAGAAUCUAGAAAUCUAUUAGCCUACUACUACUCUAGACAUAAAAUACAGAUCUAGAUUCUAGAUCUAUGUCAUAUAGAUCUAGAUCUAGUAUAAACUAUGUUUAGUUUAGAUCUAGAAUAGAUACUAUCACUAUCAAUCAUACUAGGGAUUACUAGAUCUAGAAAAUGUCCAAAUUCCUACUUGGUUGUACAGUUUUAUUGCUGGUGCAUGUUGCCUGUGCUAGUAAAAAGUUACCAGGCCACCUAAAACAUUUGGGAGCUCAUCAGACAGGAAAAGGAAUUACAAUGAUUGGAAAAUUUUCAAGGGCACCUGUAUUUUAUGGCCAUUUUAUUAAACAUAAUAAACCACUGUGGAUGAGAUCAGCCCUUGAAUAUGUCAAACAUCCUGGGCUAGAUUGGACAGAUCAAUUUCUGAGAAAGAAAUAUGGGGAUCUGAAUGUGAAAGUGGAAGUAGGGAAAAAGGAAGAUCGUACAAAAAGACCAACCUCAAUGACAUUAAGCCAGUUUCUUAACUCUUACAAAACUAAUGAUCUCUAUUUGGUUCAAACAUUGAAUGACAAAAUGGAGGAGCUUGUUUAUGUACCUGAAUGUUUACACUGUGGAGGGUUGCAAAAAGUGAUUCAAGAGGCUGUUAUCUGGCUAGGUAGUGGCAAGGCCAAGUCUGUACUGCAUUAUGAUGAUUUGGACAAUAUACUUUGUCUAUUGGAUGGCAAGAAAAACUUCUUUCUUGUGGACAAGGCUUUCAAAUCAGAUGUAGAGGCUGAUGGUUUUGUGCAGUCAGAAGGAUACAGUUUAGUGGAUGUUGAUAAAGUGGACUUUGAGAAGUUUCCCCGCCUAGCCAAUAUUGAGUGGUAUCAAGCCAACUUGAGCAAGGGAGAUUGUCUCUAUGUCCCUAAAGGGUGGUACCAUCAAGUUACUUCUAGUGGUGUCCGUCACUUGGCAAUAAAUUUGUGGUUUGCCCAUGUUUAUUGGUUUGAUCCAUCAAACUGUUCCAUUGAUCAGGAUUACUAUAAGCUCAUAGAACCUAUCACCAAAUUUGGUUUUGCCUCUCCAAAUGAAUCAUACAGAUCAAAAUUGUUGGAACAUUUAGUUGACAAAGAGCUCCUGUUUAAGGAUGUUGUGAUAUCUUCUCUUGGUACAUCAACAGAAGAAAGAAGGGGGCAGUUCUUCGAUGCCAUAGACAAGUACAAAGACAAUGUCCUGUCUUGGGGAGAACUGUAUGGCUUUGACAUUGACAAAGCCAUUUCUAAAUUUCCAGAUAUUUUUGGCCUUCCUGGCAGUUGGGACUACAAAAGUGAUGAUGUUCUCUAUGAUCCAAUAGUUGAGCAGCCUUUUGAAGAGCCACUGGCAUCAGAAGAAAGUACAAUGUCAGCUUCUUCUCAACCUUUGCCAGAUGAUACAUUGCUAGAAAACAAUCAGCCUAACAUAGAUGAGUCACCACUGGAGGUGACCACACAUCCAGAUGUCGUUGAUGUGUUGGAAGCAGAAUCUCAAGAUAGCCAGAAACCACAGAAAGUUUCAAGCAAAAAAGAGGAAUUAUAGUUUUAAACAUACUAUUUUCAAUCAAAUCUCAUGUUCCAAUUUAGAUCUGAAGUUUAAAAACAUAAGAUUUGCAACUGCUCAUGCCAAGCACCUACAUAUGGAUUCAAAACUUGUCAUGUUAUUCUUGGCAAAGAUUUGAUCUCUCUAUCUAUUUGACAUUUCAAGAGAUGAAUAAUUUAUUCUAUAUCAUGGGUUGACAAAAUUAGAUAUACUCUACUUUAAGAAUUUAAGCUUACCAGUUAUAAUCUGAAUGUGCAUUUUCUAAUAAAGAAAAAGUCUGGUAACAGGAAUGGUAGUACAAAUGUAUAUAGUGAAUAUUUUAUUCCCUCAUGCUUUGUGAGAAUGUUAUAUAAAAUUAUGCUAAUGAAUGAGUUUCACUUUACAUUACAUAAAUGCUGUUAUACUGGCAGUAUUUUCAAUGUGUUUUUACAUGGUGUUUAUAUAUCGCAAUCAUGCCUAAAUGUUUACUCAGGCAAGUAUACAAAUUGUACAUUCCAGAAAUUCAUUAUACCAUUGGUUGUUCUUUAUUUAAACAAUGUUUAUUAAUAAAAACAAGUUUUAAAAAUAUAA